AUGUUAACAGCUAUUUUGGUAGCAAUAUUUCUGAUAUUAUUAGUCAGUUAUUGUAUUUAUAUCAACCAAGCGUAUGAUUUUUUCAAAAAACGAAACAUCAGUGGUCCAAAACCAAUAUUUUUCUUUGGUAACUUUAUCGAAGUAAUCAAAACAGGUCGAUUAACGCUCUGUAUGAAAAGAUGGACAGAAAGAUAUGGACAAAUUUAUGGAUAUUUUGAAGGACACACACCAAUUCUUGUUUGCUCUGAUCCAGAUAUAUUACAAGAUAUAUUCAUUAAACAAUUUUCAACUUUUCAUACUCGACGAGAUUUACCGUUAGAAGAUCGACAUGGAAAAAUGAGAUGGAAACGUCAGCGUGCUGUAAUCAAUCCAACAUUUUCCACAGCAAAAUUAAAACAGAUGAUUCCGUUAAUCCAAGUAACGGUCGAUCGAUUGAUGAGGAAACUUGAAGAACAAUAUCAAAUAAAAAAGCCAUUUGAUAUUUAUGAAUUUUAUAAACGUUUUACAAUGGAUACAAUUUGGAGUUGUGGUUUUGGAUUAGAUACGGACAUGCAAGAUAAUCCGAAUAAUUUAUAUUUAAAGAAUUCUCAAGACAUAUUUUCUGAAAAACAAAGUUCUAAAAUUUUCAUUCUCCUAGCACUAAUGAUUAGUGAACUAAAAGUAUGGUGGAGAUUGUCACAUGAUUUUGAACGAAACUUUCGCUAUUGGAGUCGUAAAUACUGUACAACAAUACAAAAAUAUGUCAAUGAAGAACCAUCAACAUAUAUAAUGAAGAAGACACGAGAAAUUCUACAACAACGAAUUGAUUCGAAAAUGGAACGAAAUGACCUAAUGCAAUUAAUGCUUGAAGCAAUGACGGAUCAAAAUUAUGUUAAGGAUACAGCCGAAAACUAUGAAAAUGAUGCAAUAUUAGAUAAAAAAUUAACAUUACAUGAAAUAACAGCUAAUAUUUAUUUGUUUAUGGUUGCUGGCUAUGAGACGACUAGUACCGCUUUAGCCUAUGCUGCCUAUGUAUUAGCCACGCAUCCAAAUGAACAACAUAAACUACAAGAACAUAUCGACCAAAAUUUCAAUUCUGAAAAUGAUCAUGCACUACCCGAUUAUGAUAAAAUACAACAAAUGGAAUAUUUAGAUUGGUUUUUUCGUGAAGUAUUGAGAAUGUAUCCGAUCGCUCCUCAUGUUGUUAGUCGACAAAAUUGUGAAGAAAUCAAACUGAAAGGUAUUGGAACAAUUCCACCUGGAACAUCAAUCGCAAUUGAUAUGUUUGAUUUACAUUAUAAUCCAACUCUAUGGGGACCGGAAGAUCCUAAUGUAUUUUAUCCGGAACGAUUUGCGACUAAACGUCAUCCAAUGGCAUGGAUGCCAUUUGGACAAGGUCCACGAAAUUGUGUAGGAAUGCGGUUUGCGUUAUUAGAAAUGAAAAUGACACUUGUUCGCUUAUUGAGAACAUACUCAGUACUGAAAUGUGAAGAUACCGAUAAAGAAUUUGUAUUAGAAGAAUUUAUUGUUGUUCAUCCAAAAAAGCUUAUGAUUACGCUACAACGUCGAGAUGAGCAUCCAGGAAUAUAA